AUGGACGAGGGCAAAGAGGCUGGGGACAGAGCCAGGGCAUUGAAAGAGAGCGGCGGUAGGGUGAAGGAAGAGCUGCUGCAGAGGUGUUCACAGGGAAGAUGAAUGGGCUCGCUGGAGACCUGAGGCGGAAAGGGGGAGAGGUGGAAAUGGGGGCUGAAUGCUUAAAGGGUUGUUGACGGAAAAGGCAGUCCUAUUCAGAGGAUGAGCCUUUCUGGAGUGUGGCAGAUGCAGUAGCUGGAGAAUGGCUUCUGCUGAUUUCCACGGAACAGGCCCUGGUGAUGUUUCCUUGAGACAACCUGUGACCCUCCAGAUGUGGCUGGACUGCAAAUUCCAUAAUCCUUGACCACUGGCCAUGCUUGCUGAGGCUGAUGGGAGCCAGAGUUCAGCAAUAUCUGGAGGGGAACAGGCUUGACAUAAAUCAAGAACAGCAUCUUGCCACCGCCACCAGGGUAACGUUUGUUUGUUUGUUUUGCUCAUGGCCGCCCUACCAAACUUCAGCCAAGGCAUGGUGAAAGGUUAGAUGCCUACAGUUCGAAGGCAGCUUCCUAUGGGGGGGGGCGAGCCAUACUUUGGCCGAGCCAUACUUUGUCCAGUACAAAUCCUGGCAUUGCUUGUAAAUGGAUCCCUGGCCGAAGGGCUGAGAAACAGCUGAGAUCUUGGAUCUGAAGGAGAGCCCACUUAAAACUGCCCAUUGACAGACAGCACGAGACUGACAGAUGUUUAUAUCAAGUGAUGCAUAUGUCCAUGUGAACCAGGCCUUGAUGAUCCAUAGGUAGACAUGGCAACGGACUACACUUGUUCCUCGCUGCUGAAGAGGCAAGCCGCCUUCUUAACAGAUCAGUGGCUUGUCACUUCCAGCUGCAUACCCAGUUCUCAGCUAUAUGCACAUCUCCCUUCAAUAAGCCCCACCUAUACCCAUUCUGCAUCUCUUAAGCAUGUCCCCAGGAGGCUCAUCAAAGACAGGCACUCACUUUGGGGUCCAAAUUAAUUGUUUUCGGGGCAAAUAAGGAUAGAAGUACACUGGAAGGGAUUUGCGUUUUCCCUUUAAUCAGGGAUACGUGGCAAUUGACUUCACAGUGGUAGUAAAGCCUCAUCAUUCAUAUCCAUGGAGUGUUUUGAAAACCCUGAACCACAUUCGUACCAAAAGACCUCAGUUACCACUAGCUGCUAGUUGUGCUGACCCCUCAGAUUUCAGAAUAGAUACCCCUUUCUGUGGAAGGAUGGGGGGAAAUAACACAGUCUUAAGAAUUUCUCUUACCACUUACGUUAUUGGGCCGUGUGAACUGAUUGCCCCCUUAGUUGUUGCAGUAUCCAAACGUGGAGCAGCUGAGUCCGUUUACUGUGGGAGGACAGUAACCACAUGGCUGCCCCCUCCCCCCCUUUUUUUUGCUUUACCAGCUCCAGGUUGGCAGAGCAGAGAGGGCUAGAUCAGGCCCAUCACUGGCAGCUGGACCAGCAUAGAAUUCUGCAGAACUUUGGAAAGCUCAGCUCUGCCUUCUCCUCUGUGCCCUGUUUCAAGGGCUUAUGCAUCUUGCCUGUGCUUUUAGCAGAUGCAGAAUGGACCCAGGUGGAGAAACACGCCCACCACAUCUAAAUACAUAGCAGAGUGGAUUGGGGGGGGGGUUGGAUUGCCCUGUUGAAACCCCUUUGGACAAGAGUGUGGGUGGAUUGUUGACCUCAACUGUAGUCUCUCUAUGGGCAGCGUAUAUAGCUACAGAGCAUUGAACCCAGCCAUAUAUAUCCCUUCCCUGUUUCUUAAUUUACUUCUUUGCGGGUGCAUUUGGAGGGAGGUGGCCUAGCAGGCUUGCCCUAUAAUGGCUGCCGCCAGCAUAUAGUUUGAAUCGUGGCCUUUAUUGGCGGAGGCAAAAAGGGAAAAAUAAUCAAGCCCAUGUAUCGGUGGGGUUGUCAAAAAGGGUAUGAAAUACGGUGCGCGACUCCAGCGCAUCCUUCUGAGACUUUGUCGUUCAUGCCCUGUAGGCAACAGAAAACCUCCUGAGAAAGACGCCGCCUGCUUAAUAAAUGCCCCAAAUUAUCAGGCCCUCGUCUUGAUUUAUAUCCCUUACAACCCGAAUCCACGGCUGUCACUGUUACAGGCAAAUGGCUUAAUGGAUGCAAAUUGGAAAAAACAAAACGAAAAAUUGCAUUAGUAGAACAGUUAAUAAAACAUCAUUUCUGGGAAAUGAAUCCUGACAUUACUCUGAAUUUAAGCAGAGGAAUAGCAGUGGCUGCAUUGCCUUGUUGGUAUAGCUGCUAUGUAAUGCUGUCUUCAUAUGUGGGAUUUUUUACUUCUCUUUUUCUCUCCUUUUCAUGUUAUUUCUGCUGCCCUUCUGCUGUGGUCUGAAUUAUCCAGGAGGUGGAGGUUAGUACUGAUUUUUUAUAUUUUUUAUAAUUUUGUUUCAUUUUAUCAUCACAUCUGUAUCGUCUCCUUCUGUCCUCUACUGCAGCUCCUUCAUUUUGGUUCUGGUUUAUUUUGGAGGACCUUCUAAGUGGUUGAACGUGGUCUGUGAAAAAUUGGCCAGUCAUCCUGGCUCUGCAUGUUUCGAUACCUGCGUCCAUCUGCCUUCAGUGAAAUCACUGGUGCCUGAACUGGCACAGCACAAAGGUUGCAUUAAACUAAAUCCAAUUUUGCUAUAAAUCCACGUCAAGGAUAGUGUGCUUUAGAGCUGAAUUAACAGCCAGGCUACAAGAAUGAAAGAAUCAACAUGGCAGGCAUCUCUUGCUGGGCGGACCAUUUCAGACUUCUGAGGACAUGAAAAAGUUCCUUGGGUAGAAAGCCUGAAAGAAAAAAGUGUUGUCUCCGACAUGCUUGUUUUCUGUGGCAGGGAAAUUUGAGCUGCUUUUUGUUUCUAUGCGGUAGAAGAACCCAAAAUGUAAUUUCUCACCUACAGACGGAAGUGGUCGAGCUCAGCAAGGGCUGUUCCCAUGUGAUUCUUCUGACUGUGUGGUUUGGCUAGGAUGGCGCUUUCAAGGGCUUGGUGGGUGGAGCGCAACUGAUAUACUAUCUUCCUGUUUAUUGCCAGGAGGGAGAAGGGUGAGGUGAGGAGAUUGGCAGGGUGCAAAUGCACCAGGAUCAGCACCAUGUUGGCUCUGCUGGUACUCCUGCACCGUGCUGACCUCCCAGCUGCCUCCUCACUCCUUCCCAGUGAACAGGAGCGAUCAGCCUGCUGGGAAGCUAGCCCAGCAACCGCCUGGUGAACUACUUCUGCUUUCUUGAAUCAGAGGUCUGGAAUAUAUCCAAAGAGGUUAAGCCCAACCCUCUGCUUUACACAGGGUCUUCCACGCAGGUAAGUCUCUCACUUGUAACGCAGGUGUAGUCUGCAUUUACAUUUGAUGCACGUACAUAAAUCCUGAGCAUACAAGGAGAGAGGAGGACAAAAUAAGGAUCACCCACCCACAGCCCCUCGAGAAGGCUUUGCAGGAGGCACACCCAGCCACGCACUCUCAUUUCUUCUGGAACUUUUGAGCUCCAGCUGAGUCUUUUCAAAAGCACCUUUUGCUGGAGCAAGGUGACUGGAGUGGGGAUGCAGAACACGCCCCAUGCUCCUUUAAGGAGAUUGUUGCCGCGAGUCAGAAUAUAAAUCUCUUUUUGCCCAUAUACUGCCUUUCCCCUUUCGCCCCCUCACACUUUAAAAACAAUGGAGAUUGCCCACCUUAGGCACCACCUGCUCCCUUGUGCUCCCUCACAGUCUUUAAAGUCGCAUGAAUGAGUUGACACAGUCCUGCAGCUUCCCGAUAAGCUCCAAUAUCUCUUGAGUGGUAUAACAUGUGAAGCGGGGAAUCAUGCAAUGCUGUAUUUAGAAACAAUUGCAUGUUGCUCUGACCUUCCGUGGGCUCCAGGCCUGACGUGGCGCUGCUGGCGCAAAUUGCUGUUUCGCGUCAGCCUCUGUUGGCAGUUAACGUCUGCCCUGGCUCACCAUCUUGAAUCAGGUAUCUGCCCAAAAAUAUGGACAGCAGAUGGGGAGAUUGGUGGGCUUGAGGGCCAGAUACAGCCCUCUCAGACUCUCCUCAGACCGCAACCCCUCUCACAGGCCUUGCUCUGUGCCCCUGUCAGAUGUUUUUGCCUGGCUGGAACGGUGUGCCAUGGUGGACAAUUGAGAGGUGUUUGGGUUUAGAAACCUCUGGCUCUUAGGUGGCAUAUUUCUGUUCCAUGUCUUCCUCCUCCCAGUUGGGCCAGUCCACCACUGUCAUAAGGCCCUCCAGAGGUUGGUCAGGAGGGAAUCUGGCUCUCCAUCUAGAGGGACAUUCUAGAUGGUUCCGUGACAUUGGUGCGACUCCCUUCUUGCCAGAGCCUGGCAGCAUAUUUGUGAGAACCCAGUAAGAGGGCUAGGUGCACCCCUCUACUCCACAGGCGAGCCUUUUCUUCUCCUGCCUGUCAGGUCGCACUAUCUUUGUCACCAUGGCAAUAUCACCAAUUCCCAUAUCCUAAAAAAAUGUAGAUGUGCUGCAACACAGGAGUGCCUUCACAAGACCACUGUACCACAUGGAGGGGGAAAGCAGACUGUCUAAAUAAUAAUAAUGGUGUUCUGACUGGUCAGCUCAGAGCCAUAGUGGAUGAGAUUUUUUUAAAAGAAAGAAAGAAAACUGCUGAGGUUCGGGGAUUCCCCGCCCCCCAAUCCCCACACACUUCAUUUUGAUGAAAGCAGGAUGGCCAAGGGCUCUAUCAUUAAACUGCUUUUAUUUUGUUUUUCUGGUUGAUAGAGCAUGUUUAUUUCUGAUUGCAUAACACUUUAAAGCAGAAAAUGGCUUCAUUGAUUUGCAGUGGGCUGCUAACUUCUGAUUGCUUGCUAGCUUGGAAAAUGUGAAGAGAUUUUUUUUUAUUAGAAAAAAAGUAAAAACAUAGUCAUGAGAGAUAAGAGAAUAUGACCUGGUGUUCUGAAAUGCCUGGAUUUUCUUCCUAGUUCUACACUAUAGGGUCUUGCAAUGGCUGAGCCCUGGCAUAGCAAACCUCAAUCAGCUGAUGGUCAGGGUUUGCUAGGACAAAGGGCAUAUCACUUUGCAGGGGCUGCCAAUCAGCUGAUCAGCAGUGCCUGCAAACCCCAUUUUGGCUAAGUCAGGUCUUUAGCUGCACCACACCUGACACAUCUCUAUCAGCAUGACAUCAUAUGUGAUGUCAGGUGGGUGUGACUUGGCCAAAAUGGGAGCCAGUGUGGUGUAGUGGUUAAGAGCGGUAGUCUCGUAAUCUGGGGAACCGGGUUCGCGUCUCCGCUCCUCCACGUGCAGCUGCUGGGUGACCUUGGGCCAGUCACACUUCUCUGAAGUCUCUCAGCCCCACUCACCUCACAGAGUGUUUGUUGUGGGGGAGGAAGGGAAAGGAGAAUGUUAACCGCUUUGAGACUCCUUAAAGGGAGUGAAAGGCGGGAUAUCAAAUCCAAACUCUUCUUCUUUUUCUUGUGGGCCAAAAUUGGAGUUGGGGAGCCUGAUUAGGCUCAUCGUACGGAGGUUUCCCAUUGCUGUUCAAGAAUGGACAAAUCCCACAGAGCCUAGUCCAUUUCUUUGCUUUGUGAAGAAUCGAGGAUUUGAGAAGAUUCAGCCUUCUUAAGCGCCAGCCCAUCAAAUCAUUGAGCUUCUCCUGCAAAAAGGGAACAAAGAGGGUAAAGCCAAGAGAAAUUACAGCAACAGAGCCUCUUUCCUAGAAUUCAGGCUGUCAAGGAAGCAUCACUGUCGCAUCCUCUGCAUAACAUUAUCUGUAUGGAUUUUGAUUUGCCUGGAGUUCUCAGCAUCUGGAUUUUUAUAGUUGACAUUUUCUCUUGUUUAAUCUUUUAAUUCACUAAGGCUGUCAUUUUCCUUUCCCCCCAUUUAGGAUGACUACAUCAAAAGCUGGGAGGAUAAUCAGCCAGUUGAUGAAGGUACCCUUUUCCCUUUUGGUUCCGCUUAAUCUUUUUAAAGGACCUGUUGCGAUAAAGUGCCCAAGACCUUGUUAGGACAAGGUUCCUCCUGCCCUGCAAGAUGGUAAAUAUGGGAGCAAAUCUCACUUGCGUCUGCCUUGCUUUCAUCUAUUCUAAAGACGCUUGAAAAUGACUUUGAAGGCAAGACUAUCAAGCCAGAGUACAGGCGUGUUUGAAGAGAGAUGUGUUUCCCGGUUUCGGUUUUACUAGCUGCAACAAAUAUGUGUGUACAAUGCAGGAAUUGCAACUCUCCUUCUAAGUGGAGGGUAUGGUCUUCCUUUUUUAUCUUCCAUUCCCUCUGUUCCAUUAGCAGCAUGGUGUUACCUCUGAGCUGCAGUAGUCUUUCAUAUACAACCUACCUGCCAAUGCAUAUUCUUAAAAACACAAAAACAAUUUGUAGACAGGCCAAGUUUUUCCCACCCUUGAUAAUUCAUUAGAGUGGGCUACCCAUGGCCUUAAUCACUUUCUUCUGGGGUGAAUUCUGAUGCUUUCCCAGGUGUUUGGGUUAGUUAAGUCUAUUUCCCUGCAUGUUAGAUAAGGGUGUUGUGUGCCAUUGAGCAGAAUUGAUUGUGCUUAUGCGAGUGAUGGAAAUAACCCCCCUUUUAUGUUAGUGGAGACGCCUGCUUCCAAAUGUUUACAGUUUGCAGGUUUGGUUUCCUUGGUUAGUAUCAUUUAAUUGCUACUUGAAAUCGAUGCCUCCAGAGUUGUGACUUCACAGAUGAUUGAUCCGAAAUUAUUGGGUGGGUGGUUGAUGUGACAGAGGAGAAAUUUGCGGAGUAGAAGCACAGAGUUGAGCGCUGAGCAGCUGUCCAGAUAAUAAAAAAGUGGAAUGGUGCAGGACUCAAUUUCAUGCAGGAGAGGAAAUAAUCUGAAUCAAUGGCUGUUUCAGGGGUUUGUCGGGAGAUGUCCACGACCGUUUUAAAGCAGUUGAGUUUGGAUGUUGCAGGGCCGUCUCAGGGGUGGUACUGCAGCUUGCACAAAUGCUUUGCCAGGGAAGUCCAAAGGGGCACUCCUCUGAUUAAUUUUAAAUAUGCUUUAAAGACCUUCCUGUGCUUGAAGGUUUUCUAAAUUUGGUCUAAUUUUAAUCUAAGCGUUGUAGUGGGAUAUGAGGUUUAUAUAUAUAUAUAUAUUUCCUCUCCUUUUUUUGCAAGUGGGGCAGUUGGCGCUGAUCCAACAAUAUUCAUGUGCAACAAGCCAAAGCUGUGCACAUGUAGCUCUGUCAAGUCAACUGCAGUUGCGCUGAUCAGCUGUUAGGAAGGGAAGAGGGGCAGGAAGGGUAAAUGCAGCUGUGCUCCUCUGAUUGGCGCCAUUACAGCUUUCAGAUACAGCUGCCUUUUCGGCCUUUGUGUUUAUGUGAUUCUUCACGUGUGUUUUAAUUCUUUUUCGCAUUGGCCUUUCCAUGUAAACCAAUUCAGCAGGGAUUUCUACUGAAGGGUGCUGUGGACAUUUAUGUAAACAGGUCAAGUAACAAAAGCAUGAUGGGAAAGUUUAGUUUUCAAAAUGGAGACUGGGAGGAAAAAAAGGGGGCGCUGGUACUGCGUAGAUAUUCUAGCACACAGAUGGGGAACGUUUUUCACCCAGAGGGCCAGAUUACCUUCUCAGCAAUGUCCCGAGGGCCACAUGCCAGAAGGGGCGAGACCAGAAACAAAAAUGGGUAGAACAAUGAGUGUAGAGUUCAGGAGCAGGUUCCAGACUGGCAAAAACGUUCAAGGAGGUUGUAAAGCCGAAACUGUGAAUCGUGUGGUCUGGGAAGAGGGGAUAUGGCUGGUGGAGAGCUCUGGGGGUCCAAAAGAGAGCGCUGAUGGGGCCACCAGACCUGAGGUUUCCCUUUCCCUAUUCUAGGGGAAGUACGUAUAUGGGGCAUAGGGAGAACUGAUGGAAUAGUUUGCUGACUUAGAUGCUGUGUGGUUACGAAACUUAAGCUUCCUAGGCAACCUGGAACAGAGGAAGUUUCUUCUAGGCAAGACCAUUGGGUCUGUCUAGUCUGCUACUUCAACUGACACCAGAGCCUUCCCCAUUCCUUUCUUUCUGAUCCUUCUCCCUGGAGAUGUUAGGGAUUGCAAUCAAAGCAUGUGUUCUAUGGCAAGCAACUUGAGUAUAUCCACAUGUUGCCUGAGCAACGCAAUCUUCUAAACCGUUGAAAAAUGUAUGCAAGAGAACAGCAUGCUCAAGCUAUAAGAGCAGACCAUAGUUCAAUUGCAGAUAGUUUUUAUAUUUUUUAUUUUUUUAAAAUCACAGUCAGUUUUAAUUGGCUUUAAAUUCAUCACAUCCUUUUAUCCUUCCCGUACACCACUUAGAGGCUAAGGUGGCAAGUGGUGUAGACAUGGUUGACUUAAAUAAAAUUGACACAUAAAGAAGUAAGAGUGUAUACUUUGCAUACCCAAGCUUCCAUGUUCAGUCUCUGGCAUCGCCAGGUAUGGAGCUGGAAAAGAUUCCUCUCUGAGACCUUAUAAAGCCACAGCCAAUCUGUGUAGGCCAGGAAUGGGGAACCUCCAGAUGUUGAUGAACUCCCAUCUCCCAUCAUCCCUUGCUGGCUGAGGAUGAUGGGAGUUGGAGUCCCACAGCACAUGGAGGCCACAGAUUCCUCCAUCUUGCUAUAGGCAGAACUGAAAUAGGUGGACUGAGGUCCUGAUUCUGUUUAAAGCAGGUUUAUACAUUCAAGCUUUGAGGAGCUGGAGUUUCGCUGGUUACUACCACCUGAUCUUCCAAUCACUGCUGGCACCAGACUCCCCCCCAAAAAAAACUUUUAGAAAAUUGAGUACUUGAGCACCAGUCCUUUGAUCUCCCUUGGUUUUAUUAAAUAAAGGCAAUUCAAUUUAAAGAAUGCCUUGACUGCUCUGGCCUGACCAGAAUACUGAUUUGCUGACCUUCAGAAAAUAGUGCAAGAGCAUUUUGUUUUUCAAAGGCUGCCUGAUCCAGGCUGCAAAGUUCCUGCCGUUGUAAAGUUUGCUGGCUUUGAACCCACGCAGAUUUAAGCAUGCUUAUUAUGCCCUUUGAAAGCGGCGAGCUUAAGGGCGCUUAGCUCUACGCUGCAUUGUCCUCUGCGGCCCAAAUCCAACAGCAAUCGCGGGCAGCUAGUGAUGUGUAGCUGGAGGGACUGGGUUUAGAGGCACAUCUUCCAUUCCCAUCCUAGAUGCAUCUAGCCCAUCCUCCUCCAACCUCAGGUGCCCUCAGGAAGUUCCAAACUACACCUGCCAGACAAUUUGGUAGAGGGUAGAUAACCAUUGCAGAUGGAGAUGUGUACCUUCGUUGACAAAUGCAAGCAGGAGGCUGUUUCAGUAGAACAGUCAUUCGGGCCAGAUUAGAGCACAUGGCUUGAAACUUGUCUGUUAUUCUAGAUUUGACACAGCGUACAUGGAAAGCUGCCUUCUGCUGAGUCAGCCCAAUGGUCCAUGUAGCUCAGGAUUAUCUCCGUUGACUGGGCGCAGCUCUCCAGAUUUUGAGGAGAGAGUCUUUCCCUGAGCUGCUUGCGAUCGAAACUUGAUUGUUCUGCAUUCAAAGCAUGCAGUCUACCACUGAGCUAUAGCUGUUUCCCAAAUUUAGUGAUGAUUAGUUGUUGUGGGCGUAUUACCUAAAUCUCACCGAUUUGGGGUUUAGAUGUUUGGAUGCAUAGGUGUGUGUUUAAAAAAAAAACAAAUCUAAACAAAAAUGUGUUUGAAAGGGGAGUGACUAGAGACUAGAUUUCAGGUGGAAGGUGCUAGUUCUGUAGAGAACCAUGACAAAAAUAUUGGUCUCAACCCAGCAGAUAUUUCACCCUCGUGGUUAGGGCUUUUCUUGCACAAAGUCCUCCAUCACACACAAACACUCCCUGAAUGCAAAUCCUAAGAGCCUUCAGUAUAUGUAGUUCAGCACUGGACACUGCUGCAGGUGAGUAAGCCAGCUGAUUUGUCGAGGCCCAUGUUGGUUGCAUAUUGACAGGCACACAUGACAAGUGUAAGGUGACCCUUGACUGUGUCCGUGCAGGACAGCUGCAGCUGCACAUUCCUACCCGUUCCUCAGCGAAGAUGGGAAUGUGAAUUCUUAUACGUACCAUGUCAGGUGGUUCUCUCACAGCACCUUUUUGCAUGUGGUGGGAAUCCAUGCAGGUCAUAGAGAGAAGGUUCAUUGCUGUUGCAUAUUGGGGAGCUGUCUUCCUAAAGCGAUGAGUUUAGGUUUGUUUGCAAAGGCAGCCGACAGUAAACGGCACACUGCGUGCAAAUAAUUUCAAAAUUGUCGAUUGUAGCAAAGUUGUUUGUAAUAGGGUUGCCGUAUUUCAAAAAGUGAAUAUCCGAACACAAAAGUUGUUGAGCUUUUUCUGCAAAAUCUCAAAAUGAAGUUGCUGUGCUUUUUUUUUUUUUUUAAGGAAAUUCGCCAAAAAAACCAACACUUCCGACAUUGCCAUACACCCGGGAGUCCCGGACGUAGGGCAGCCCUAUUUAUAAGAUAACACUACAAAUGGGAAACUAGUCCAAUUAUCAGACUCAGUUUAAGUUGAUUUGUGAAACAGCUUCUGAUCCUGAUAUACUUGCAUGUAACGAAGUAUUGCAGACCAUGGUCGCUUUGUGGUUUUUAGCGUGUGUGUGGUUGUCUGCAAGCUUCUGCUUUAUAUCAGGCAGCAACCUCUGCUAUAAAAAGGAGCAUUUAGUCAUUCACACUCCAUUUACUUCUGGCUUUAGGUGUGGACACCACUAAGGAUCCCUGCCAGAAAGUGAAAUGCAGCCGGCACAAGGUGUGCAUCGCCCAGGGCUACCAGCGGGCUAUGUGCAUUAGCCGCAAAAAGCUGGAGCACAGGUAAGGAAGCAGCUGGCCUCCCCAUGAGUCCCUGGUGCGACAAUAGGUGUUACUGAGUGACUUGCUCUUGCUUCCGCCGAGUCCUUUUGUGGUGGUCACACCAGGAAGGAAGGAAGCUGUUAUAAGCCAAUGGAGGACAACCCAAACUUAAAUACAGUUGGCUAGUAGAUUUAAAAGUGAUUUGUUUUAUUCAGGAUAUUGAAUGAAUAUUUUUUAAAGUGCCAAGUGCUUGUCAGCCACCCGCUGAAGUGCAACUUGUUAGCCAGGACUCUGAAACUCAGGACCAGGUAUAUUUCGGAUCAUGUGACACCUUUGUGACGUCAGGCGAUGGAGGCACUACCCAUCUCUCAAAAUGGCCCAUGGGGGUGGUCAGGAUUUGGCCCGUUGGCCAGAUCCUGCUCCCCACUGCCUGUUCUCACUGAACAAGCAGGUAUAGAGUUGCCUGCACAAUGUCCACAAGUCUUAACUUCUUUUUAAGAGUGAAAAGGCAGAGGAGGAAUAGGCAGUAUCCCUAAGGGAGGCCAUAUUGCGCAGGUGGACUCAUUCCUUGUGGCUAAGUCUCUCUUCUAUUCCUUCACUUAACGUUAUGCUAUGGUCCACAGGUGUUCACACAUGAGCUCUCUGCAAGUGUUCGCCCAAACUCCUGUGAGCUAAGAGCGGGGAGAAACAGGUGCAUGCACAUAUUCAUCUGAACACCCUUAAAAUCUCCCUCCAGACUUUUGCUCUCAAUACAGGAUGGUUUGAAGUGGAUCUGGCCCAUGCAGUGAUGCUGGGACUGGGGUUUCUGUUCAUGCCCCUGCCCCUUAUCAAUCCAUGUGCAUUCGCCCCAAAUGGCUGAAGAGGCCUUUGGCCUCGAUGGCUUUUCGCCCCUUUCUGCUGCGAACAAAUCAUAUAACUGAAGGUUAAAGUUGUUGCUGUUUGGCAGGCGGAAGCUCUGUGUGUGGCUUUCAUGGCAGUACAACAGGCAGAAAUCCAUAGGUGAAGCUUUUCCUUCUCGUGGCUCUGUGAAAAGUUUCACUUGUGGAUCCCUGCCUUUUAUAUUACAGUGAUACCUGAGGAGCACUCUCCGGUCUGCAGUUUCCGGAUAUUUCACAUUCCUCAAGUGCCAAACAGAGAAGAGCGCAUCUUGUGCCUGAGGGCGUGUUUGCUGCGAGGUUAUCCCUGCUUUAAUACGAAUUCUUUGUUUCUUUCUUAUCUCUCCCUCCUGUGCACCCACAGAAUCAAACAGCCUACCCUGAAACUCCAUGGAAACAAGGAGAGCUUGUGCAAGCCUUGUCACAUGACCCAGCUCGCAUCUGUCUGUGGCUCCGAUGGACACACUUACAGCUCCGUGGUGAGAGAAAAUGGCAGCAGCUAAGCCUGGAAACGAGAUUGGCGGGAGGGCAUUCGUUCAGGGGAAGAAGCAGCCGCAACGUUUCAGGGGGUCUGGUCUGAAUGUCAUAUCUGUAUAGUACUAUGCGGGGGGGGGGCGUGCAGGGAAUUUUUGUAUCUCUGUUCUCUUGAGUUGUUUUACAGUCUUUGCUUGUUCCUUACAUUCUUAAGUCAUAGGAUUGCAGAAUUGGAAGGGCUCCCUGAGGGUCAUCUAGUCCAGCCCCCUCCCCCACAGUGCAGGAAUUUGCCGCUGUCCCUUAAGGGGAUCAAACCCCACAACCUUGGCCUUAUCAGCGCCACGCUCUAGGCAACUGAGCUGCUAGAAUGAGCUCCAAGUCCUUUUGUUUCUCUACCCACCCACCUAUUCUAUCUUUACAACAACCCUGUGAGGUAGGUUAAGCUUAAAAACAAAACAAACCCAACCACCCAGUAAUGGACCCAAAGUUAUUCAGCGGGCUUUAUGGUGUACUGGGAGUUGGCUCUACAAAUAGCUUGUAAAUCCUAAUAGUAGUAGUAGUAGUAGUAAGAAGAAGAAGAUGAUGAUGAUACAAGGGAGCUUCCAGGCUUCCGGAAGGAAAGGUGGUGUUGUUUAGUCGUUUAGUCAUGUCCGACUCUUCGUGACCCCAUGGACCAGAGCACGCCAGGCACUCCUGUCUUCCACUGCCUCCCGCAGUCUGGUCAAACUCAUGCUGGUAGCUUCGAGAACACUGUCCAAACAUCUCGUCCUCUGUCGUCCCCUUCUCCUUGUGCCCUCCAUCUUUCCCAACAUCAGGGUCUUUUCCAGGGAGUCUUGUCUUCUCAUGAGGUGGCCAAGGUAUUGGAGCCUCAGCUUCAGGAUCUGUCCUUCCAGUGAGCACUCGGGGCUGAUUUCCUUCAGAAUGGAGAGGUUUGAUCUUCUUGCAGUCCAUGGGACUCUCAAGAGUCUCCUCCAGCACCAUAAUUCAAAAGCAGGAAAGGUAGCAGCAUAUAAAUGUAACAAAUAAAUAAAUAUUUACUUGCGUCUCGUGCAACACUUUGCCAUGGGAAAAGCUUGGUUCUUUAACUUGUUAUUAGGGCCUGUUUGUUUCAGAAUGGUUGCUCAAGGGACUAAUGUUUCCUCUUUCCGCAUUUCUGGAUUGUAGUGCGGAAAAGCACGUUCUGUUGGAGGCUCAGGAGUGAGGCCAUCUCAUUGUGAGGGAAGUGCCUGUCUCCUUCCUUAGGACAAGACUCAGGAGUGUGAGCAGAAGACAUGGAAGCCACUUGCCCCUUCCUCUUGAUGUGUCUUUUGACUGCUCACAACACCUCUCCUCUCAAGCUUAGAAACUUUGCCCUCUUUCCUACAUUGCCAUCUCAUGGACAUAAUUUUGUACUUCAUUAAUGCUCUUCUCCUCUAGGCUAUCAGUGGGUGGCCUAAGUCCUCUUGCCAUUCAUUUCCAUCUAUAAAAACGGACAAUUUUGUGAAAAUUGUAAGGACGCAUUAACCCAAACUGUGGAGCAGUACUUAGUACUUCAGUACAGUUAAAUAAAUUACAUACACACACAUACAUAUAUAUCUUAGUGGAAACACUGGAGGCAUUGUUAGCGAGCGAUAUUAAAGAUAAUAACCAACAAAGACAACCUCUCUGGCACCUCUGCUUAAUUUAUCACCAACCCACAAAAUUAUAUCAAGAUUAUAUAUAACCCUUUGGUGGAGGUCCCAGAGGUGGAGUAAUUGGUUGAUUUUAAAGAUAAAGAAGAGGUAAUUAUGAGCUGGGUUUUUUUUUUUUACUUUUUCUUUUGAGGGCAGCUAAAAUUGUCAUUGCUAAACGCUGCAGAUCUGCAGAAUUCUCGUGAAUGCUAGUAUGAUGAAAAGAACCAAAAAGGCACGGAGACAAUAAUAAAAUGAGGCACAGCUUUUAAGAGAAUAACAAAUUAUACGAAGGCUUCACUUCCUCUGGUGCAGACACGCAUUUAGUAACAGAGGGAGGGAUUUGUAGCGCUAAGGAGAUCACUCUGUCAGCACACACAUUUCUGUUUGCCUGACAGAGUGGUUUCCCUUCUCCUCCCUUCUCAUUCUGUACUGACACACGCACCCCCUCGGCCAAUUGUGCGGGCUUCCUUGUGUAGCCUUCUGCUAGUGCCUCCACCCCCAUCAUUCAGCCCGGACACUGAGGUCCAAUGCUGAGAGCCUUCUGGCGGUUCCCUCACUGCAAGAAGUGAAGCUACAGGGAACCAAGCAGAGGGCCUUCUUGGUAGUGGCACCUGCCCUGUGGAAGGCCCUCCCAUCAGAUGUCAAGGAAAUAAACAACUAUCUGGCUUUUAGAAGACAUCUGAAGGCAGCCCUGUUUAGGGAAGUUUUUAAUGUUUGAUGUUUUAUUGUGUUUUUAAUACUCUGUUGGGAGCUGCCCAGAGUGGCUGGGGAAACCCAGCCAGAUGGGCGGGGUAUAAAUUUAUUAUUAUUAUUAUUAUUAGACUGGUUAGUCAAAUCAGACCCACAGUAAGAAACGAAACUGCCUUAUACGAAGUCAGACGAAUUGUCCAUUCAGCUCAGUAUUGCCUGCACUGACUGGCAGCAACUCUCCAGGCAGGAGUCCUUAUCAGUCCUGCCUGGAGACGCCGGGGAGUGAAAUUGGGACCUUCUAUACGGAAGGCACGGGACACAGGUGGCGCUGUGGGUUAAAGCACAGAGCCUAGGGGUUGCCAAUCAGAAGGUUGGCGGUUCAAAUCCCCGCGACGGGGUGAGCUCCCGUUGCUCAGUCCCAGCUCCUGCCCACCUAGCAGUUUGAAAGCACGUCAAGUGCAAGUAGAUAAAUAGGUACCGCUCCAGUGGGAAGGUAAAUGGCAUUUCUGUGCGCUGCUCUGGUUCGCCAGAAGCGGCUUAGUCAUGCUGGCCACAUGACCCGGAAACUGUACGCCGGCUCCCUCGGCCAGUAAAGCAAGAUGAGCACCGCACCCCCAGAGUCGGCCAUGGCUGGACCUAAUGGUCAGGGGUCCCUUUACCUUUAUACGCAAGGCAGAUGCGCUACCAUUGAGCUAUGCCCCUUCCACGAAUUUAUUUUAUCCUCAUUGUCACCUGUAAUCAAACAGGUUUUUGAAACGAUAUGAAAACCUGCUGGGCCCAUUGACCAGACCAGAAAUCAAGAUGAGUUUUGGCAGCAAGAUCAAGGAAUCCUUUUUUCUUUUCUUUUUUAAGGGCACCUUCAUUUCUGGGGAAGGAAAUACUAUUGGCUUUCCCUGGUGUUGGUUAGAAAAGGGAGAAUGUCUGUUACCAAGAUGUUGGUAUCAAAACAUCACAUUCUGGAAACAAAAUGCAUACAAUUAGGACAUUGUGAAUGGUUUUGGCCCACGGAAUCAUGACUGGAACCAACAGGUAGAAAUGGCAACGAAGCAGAUUUCAGCUUAAUAUUAGGAGAAACUUCCUAACAGUAAGAGCUCUUUGACAGCUUUGGGAGGUGGUAGGUUCUCCUCUGCUGGAGCUGUUUAAGCAGAGGCUGGCUGGCCCUCUGUUGAGGUUGCUGUAGGGGGGUGCUGAACUCGUUGACCUUUCGAGGUGCCUCCCAUCUUUUUGAUUCCAUGAAAUGUAAAGCAGGUCCCUUAAAAAGACGGACAGCAGCAAUACAAAUAUCGCCAAGGGUUUGAGGUCAUUUGACUUUCCUUCUAGACAAAGUGAGUCUCUGGGUAAUAGUGCAGUGGUAUAUUUACAGUAUUGGAGGUGAGUGCAAUAUGCCUUUGCGUUACAUGCAGUACAGUGAAGCUGUUCAGGAUUGGUGUGACUCACUGAGCCAAAGCUCGUUUGGGUAGCCCUUGUCAUGCUGUGCUGACCUACUUUUUCUGCCUUCUGGCUGUUGGAAUGGGGGAGUCUGUUCCAACUAAGCUCUUGCCUUUAGCACAUACAAUUGCAUUUAACUCUCUCAAAAUAGAGAUGCGAGUCUUGUGAAGAAUCGCCUCCCAGCCUGGGGUAAACUGAUUCAGAAACCAAAGCAUGGUACCUUUGCUAAAAACUGAGGCUGGUUUUUAUACAGCUCCUGAAGCAUGCAACUCAGAGAUCUUUUACAGCCAUUUUUGGAUUGCUCCGUAUGGUGGCCGGGACAAUUUGCAACAGGAAGUGAGGAUUCUGAUUCUUCCCUGCUUGUCUCCUUGCAUCCCGAGCACUGAUCUGGCAGUGAGGUGGAGCAUUGGAAUUAUGGCUUUGCUGCUAAGUAAAUAGCUUGUAACAUGCUUUGAACCAACCACUUGGAACCAUAGAUUUGGAGGUGGUCUUGUUGGACAUGUAGUUUGAUGCAGGAAAUCCAGAGCGGUCCAGCCUGUUUGAAAGCCUCCUACGAGUAGGGGAUGGGAGGAGAAAUUCAAUUCAGUUUGCGUGUAAAGAUGAACGUACCUACUUCAUGCUUUCCAACACAAUACGAGAACCAAAGCACAGUCUUCAAAAGUCACACUUUUCUGAAUUUUGCAGUGCAGCUCUCCUGAGAAGUAAUGUGUACAAAGAUGCACAUACUGGUGUAAAGUGUGCAUAAAAAUGCAUAUAUGAGUGAAAAAUGACAUGAAACAGUUUAUUGUAUUAGGGGAAAUUGUUUUGCGUACACUUGUUCAUUAGGGGAAAUUGCAUACAAACGUGUAGAUUAGGAUAAAUGUACACAAAAACGCUGGUGAAUUUUCAUGGGAACUUUUUUUUAAAAAAAAAUCACAACCAUGUGGAAAUAUGGAGAACUGAAUUUAAGUUUGGAGAAAUGAGAAACUGGAAUAAAUUGAAGAUUUGUCCAUCGCUUGUGCCAGUGAGGGAGACUGCACCAUCCCUCUAAGUAAUCAGUUCCAUUGCCCAUCUUGCUCAAAUUUGUUUUGGGUUUUGUGAAUCUACCCCUUCAUCUUCCCACCAACUAAAUCCUCCAUUUCCAUACACUCUGUGUGUGGUGUUUUGUCACAGCCAAAUAUACUGGGGUCCUUCCCUUUUUUUAAAAAAAAUGUUACUCUUUCUCCCAUCCCAUCAGUUAUUAAGAUGUUUGUGAAUGCCCCAUGAAAUCACAGCAGGUCAAGUCAGUGGCUGGGGGAAAUAUUUUUCUAUAGUUUGCAGGAAACAGGCAGCCAGUUUGUAGCCUAUUAUGCACCAAAGAAUGUUGAGAAGCCUUAGCCUGAUUAGUUCGAAACCAGGGCACAGCAGGAAAUUUCAUUCGGGGGAGAUUAGCACUAAGAAGAUUCAUUGUUAUUUGCUUUUGGUUCCUCGUUGCCUGAAGAGUUAAAUAAAAAAAAGUAACAGGAUCAGAAGGCUGGCCUGCCGCAAAACCCUUCUGUUGCAAUCUGUCCUUGGAUUUCAAAGGGGUCAGCGGGAGAGAGAUGCUUGUUGCUGGAACUUAGAGCUCCUAAAUGUACUCAGAAUAAAGAGCAAGGAUCAUCAUGGGAAGGAGGCAGGAUCUAGCCAUGGAGCAUGGGGGGAAAGUUUGAUUCCCCAUCCCUACGCAGAGCCCUCCUGUGUUUUGGCAUGAGAUAUGGUGGCGCUGUGGGUUAAACCACAGAGCCUAGGACUUGCCGAUCAGAAGGUCGGUGGUUCGAAUCCCCGCAACAGGGUGAGCUCCCGUUGCUUGGUCCCUGCUCCUGCCAACCUAGCAGUUCGAAAAGCACGAAGUGCAAGUAGAUAAAUAGGUACCGCUCUGGCGGGAAGGUAAACGGCAUUUCCGUGCGCUGCUCUGGUUCGCCAGAAGCGGCUUAGUCAUGCUGGUCACAUGACCCAGAAGCUAUACACCCGCUCCCUCGGCCAAUAAAGCGAGAUGAGCGUCGCAACCCCAGAGUCGGUCACAACUAGACCUAAUGCUCAGGGGUCCCUUUACCUUAUAAGCAGAAUCGGGUGCACUAUAAUUAAAAACCCCGUCCAUGCCUUUGCAAUCAAAAUCCCACGUCAAGCCAAAUUAUGUGAUCUGUGUAAGCGGGUGAAAAAUAAGCCCAUUUGCAAGAUGUCUCUUGUAUUGAAAAAUAGUGACCAAUAAAUAAAUGCAGAAUUCUGCAACAUUUCUUUUGUGCUAGUCAUUAAGAGCAUGAGAAACUGCCUCAUGCACUGAAGCCCCACCCCAGCUACCAAAAGCCUUAUUUACCUAUUUUUCGCCCUAGAGGACGCACUUUUUCCCCUCCAAAAAUGAAGGGGAAAUCUGGGUACAUCCUAUGGGGCUAAUGCAGGCUUUCGCUGCACACCGACCCCUCUCGCUCUCCAGGCUUCAGGAAGACAUCCGCAGCCUAGGCAGCCCUGCGGGAGUUCCCGCAGGGCUGUCUAGGCUGCGAAUAGCAGUUUGCUUCCCGCAGCGCCGGGCGCGCUGAAAGCAGAGCGCCCGGCGCUUCGGGAACGCAUCCGCAGCCAAGCCAGCCCUGCGGGAGGUCCCGCAGGGCUGUCUAGGCUGCAGAUAGCAGCCUGCUUCCCGGAGCGCUGGGCGCGCUGAAAGCAGAGUGCCCGGCGCUUCGGGAACACAUCCGCAGCCUAGGCAACCCUGCGGGAGUUCCCGCAGGGCUGUCUAGGCUGUGGAUAGCAGCCUGCCGCCCGGCGCUACAGGCGCCUUGAAGCAGAGCGUCCCUCGCACCGGGCAGACAUCCGCAGUGUGGGGAGCCCUGCAGGAGUUCCCCUCAGGGCUCCCCAAGCUGCGGAUAGCAGCCUGCCGCCCGGCGCGAGGGGCGCCCUGAAGCAGAGCGCCCCGCGCGCCAGACAUACAUCUGCUGCGUGGGGAGCCCUGCAGGAGUUCCCCACAGGGCUCCCCACGCUGCGGAUAGCAGCCUGCCGCCCGGCACGCGGGGCACCCUGAAGCAGAGCGCCCCUCGCGCCGGGCAUACAUCCGCAGCGUGGGGAGCCCUGCAGGAGUUCCCCACAGGGAUCCCCACGCUGCGGAUAGCAGCCUGCCGCCCGGUGUGAGGGGCGCCCUGAAGCAGAGCGCGCCGGGCAGACAUCGGCCAGCCCCACAAGCUCGGGGGACAACAGGGAGGCGCAGCGCCGCCAUCCCGCUGUUCCUCGACCUGGUUCGGUUUCCCCGACCUGGUUUGGGGGGGGGGAUUUUUUCCCUUUAUUUCCCCCCCAAAAAACUAGGUGCGUCCUAUGGGACAGAGCGUCCUAUGGGACGAAAAAUGUGGUAUUCCCCGCUUCCUUCCCCUCCCUUGCACACAUACUUGUGUAUAUAUAUCUUCCCCGUCAUAAAAGCAGAAAUUCUCAGAAAGCCUCGUUUUGUGGUGCCCAUUUCCCUCCCCCCCCCCCAUGGAAAUCACGGCAGGCAUGUAGCCUUGGCUAGUAACAGAACCCUUUCCUAAGUUGGACUACAUCAGCUGAGCACCAUUGCUCCAGCUGGGCAUGGCUCCAGAGGCAGAGUUCAUUAUACUGCCAUAGGAAUACUUUCCAAGACCCGCUGUGCUUUCUAUCGUGGACAAAAGGGAAAUGGUCACAUCCUCCGAUUUAUUAUAUUGAAUGUCAGCAUAUUGAUAUACACAGCCGCUAAUCCCUGUGAUUAAUGUGUUUACACUGGAGCUGAUUAAUGGAGUUGCUUCCCAUCAAGGAGCGUUCGGAGGAAUAUUAUUCAUGGAAUUUAGAAUUGGGCGGGGGGGGGAGAGUAACCGUUAUGAACUUGUGCAUGAGUAUUCAGCCAUUGCAUUAAGCAGUAGGUGUAUCGUCAUCUUAGUGCAGAACUUAGAGUAUCCGUUUGUUUGUAGUGUUUGGACCUUGCUCCAGAAGCCGAAAAGCAACUUAACAAUCAUUUAAAAAGCAAGACAGUUGCUGCCCUCAGGUUUAUAAUUUAAAAGAGAUGAUACAAAAAGGGGGAAAGGGAUGGAGGGAAGAUAAGCAAACUCAGGCACCAGGUUUUUGCAGGACGAGCUGGGAUGGAAACAACUUAAGGAGAGGAGGAGCCAAAAGGGUCUGGCCUGUUGUCCGAGGUGAUGAAGUGGUUCUGCCUCCCAUCUCCCCUUCUGCUCUUGCUCCUGCUGCCAAAGAUAGAGGAGAAGGAGGCAUUGUCCACUCUGUAAGGGUGUGUGAUCUAUGUUGGACAGACUAGACAGGGACUACCAAAUGAGGAGGGAAGCGUCAGGCGGCAGCAGAGGAGCAGGUGAGAUGAGGUCGAGGAGGUUCAUGGCAUGCUCUCCUAGACCAGCAGAGACCGUCCCCCAUUUGAUUGGCAAGUGCUGACUUCUCUGACUGUCUACUCUCCAUUCUGUCUUGCAGUGCAAACUGGAGCAGCAAGCCUGCCUGACCAGCAAACAGCUGACGGUUAAGUGCGAGGGGCAGUGCCCAUGCGCGAGUGAGCAUAGCCCGACCUCAGCCACAGACACCAAACAAGGUCAGGGGGAACAUUUUAGCAAAUAGUCUGAUGACAGCAUCCUCUCCUUCCCUUUCUCUCUCUGCUGCUUUUUGUGUGAACAACAGAAAGCAUGCCUAAGAGUCUGGCAUUAAAUCGUAUUCCAAGGGGCCCCAAUCUCCCUUGAUCAUGCCAUAUGCAUUCGUCUGCCAGGAAAACUACAUGAGACCAUGAUCCAGACGCAGGCAAGCUCCCUCCCCCGGUAACACAUCUCACACUGCGGUUUCGUGUGCAUUGUCAUCAUUUUGUUCUGGGAAGGUGACCCCAGGGCUGGCAUUACUACCAGGCAACCUUGGGCAGUUUCAGGGCUCCAGCAUUGUGGCAGCGGGCACUGCUGCUGCUUGCCAUGGACCCACCUUUUAAAAACAAACAAAAAAGAGCUAGUUCUCUACGCUGGGUCUACUCACUGUUUAAAUUUCCUACGGGAAAUACCUACGGGACCGCCUCUCCUGGUAUGUCCCAUGGAGGACCUUAUGGUCUUCAAACAAAAACAUUUUGGAGGUCCCAGGCCACAGAGAGGUUAGGCUGGCCUCAACCAGAGUCAGGGCUUUUUCGGCUGUGGCCCUGAUCUGGUGGAACGCUCUGUCACAAGAGACUAGGGCCCUGUGGGACUUGACAUCUUUCCGCAGGGCCUGCAGGACAGAGCUGUUCCACCAGGCCUUUGGCCAAGGCACAGUCUGACCCCCUCCUUUGGUGAUCCUCGUAGAACUCUGGCCCAGUGGUUGCCAUUUGAUUUUGAAUUGAUUUUAGAAUAUUGAUUUUAGAAUGCUGUGUUACUUUUAAUGCUGUUAGCUGCUCUGAGCCCAGCUCCAGCUGGGGAGGGCGGGAUAUAAAUAAAAAUUUAUUAUUAUUAUAUUAUUAAAAUGCUCCCUUCCCCACAGUGCAGCAUUGUUCUAGGGCAGCGUUCAGAGCACAGUCUCAGCUGCACACUAAUGCCAGGUAAGCCCAUCAGAGCCCACUGCUGGGGAAGGGCUUCCAUAAAGAGUACACAUUGCCCAGGUCCCACACACACAUCUAGGGUCUCCUAGACUUGGGUCAAUAUGGUGCUGACUUAAGAGCUGUGGGAAAGCUUAAAGCACCAAAAAUCAGGUUCCCCCAUGGCUGCAGUUCUGGUCCACGCAAUAAAGAUUCAGAAAUCAUUUCAGCACAUCUGCCAAGAGCCAGUUUGCAUGGAAAUGGGAAAUCCAGUUCACGCUACACCGUCGUUUGCAAAAUGGAGGAAGGAAGGAAAUAGGUCCAUUUUGUUGUUGCUUAGAUUUCUUCCUUGCCCGUCACCAUAAGGACCCAAGGCAGGUUUAGACAGUAUUAAAACCAGAUGAACCAAUUUACAAUCAAAAAUAUAAGGUGGGUCCUAAAAACGUACCAUAGGCAUCAAAGGCCAGGAUAAAGAGGUAAGUAUCUGCUAUGAGGCAUGCAUGAAAUAAAUAUAAAUAAAUAAAUGAAUAAAUAGAAUGCUUAAUGUUACUUAGCGAAUAUAGCACUGUUACCUGAGUAAAACCUAGCAAAUUAAUUAGCAAAUUAAUUGUGUAACUUUUGUUCAAUUUGUUGGUAUAAAGGUUGUUUCUGAGUUGUAUGCUAUUCUGUACCUAAACCCUUAAAAUGGCAGGCUUCUGUCUGCUGCUUUACAUCCCCAUAAAAGUACAGAAGGCCAAAUUCUAGACAAGUCCAAGAUGUGUAACACACUCUGGUUAGGCAAGUGAGUGGUGCUCUUGUCAAAUCCUGGAGUUUAUCCACCAUUUGGACAGCUCAGACUUUUGUUUAAGGCAGGGAUUUCCAAGCUAAUAAAUGUCACAAGUCAUCCCCUUCCCCAACUCCUCAGUAAGCAGUCCUUUCUGUAUUACACACAUAAACAAACUGACUUUACUCCACGAAGGUGGAAUGUUUUGCUACAUGAAAGAGACUUGCACAAUGAAUAAAAUAGAGUUUGGGUGUCUUUCAUAUUCUUCCCAGCUUGGGGUGCUCAGUUAAUAAUUCUGCAUUUGAUUUACAGAAACCUGUACUGGGCAAGACUUGGCAGACUUGGGGGAUCGGCUCCGUGACUGGUUCCAGCUCCUGCAUGAGAAUGCCAAACAGAACAGCUCCGGGAGCGCAGGGGCCAAUCCAGUGAAUGGUAUGCAGAAACUGUGGCCAUUGUCAUAUGCAUACGCGUACACAGUCAUGGAAAGACAGGGACGGAGCCAUGCAAUCUCUGAAGAGAUUCUCUCUGCAGUUACUGGACUGAUAUCUGUGUCCAGUGAUUCCCUUAGACUGAACAUCUUUGAGCUGCAGGUGGAUGGUUGGCUGCAUGAUUGAAUAGGUUUAAAAAACAAACACUUUUCUGUCCUUGGAAAGCCUGCACGUUGGGGAGAAAGGGUUGCGUUCAAGGUAGUAGCAUUAAGGCGAACCUUAAGUAAGAAUUAGGAUUUCUGCUUGCACAAGGAAAUGUUCUCCUCCUCUGCUUCCUCCCUAAAUCUCUUCUGGGGUUUCCUCCAACUCUCUGGAGUAGGUUUGAGGACAGCGGCCGGGGACCCAGUUGUGUUAAUGCAACAGUUCUGUUGAAUAACGCCCAUAUUUCUUCUAUAUAUUUCUUCCUGGCAGGCUGGUUUUCCACACACAGGGAGUUUUUGAUAGCGGAUAAUGCUGAAACGUGUGAUUCACAAUCUACGAAGUGGUACAGUCCUGGGGAUACUUAUGCGCAAUAGGAUAUUUCUGAAUGCAUACUUUGGCUUAACUCAGGGGUUACUCUCCCAUCAUCCAGAGCCAGUAUAGUCAAUGGACAAGGAUGGAAGGGAGUUGUAAUCCAACAACAUCUGGAGGGCCACUGGUCACCCCGCCCCUUGGCUUAACCCCUCUAUUUCCUCUAAGUUAUACCAAGAAGAACGUUGUUUCAUUCAGGUGUGAAAGACGCAGGAACAUAUUCAGCUGUAACGUCAGCAGUGCAGAAACACCGGUGGGAAAAUUCCGCCAGAAAGCUCUGUGUUCUGCACUGAACGGGGGAAGGUGACCACAAUCAGCCCUUCAACAACUCCUAUUAGAGAGGGUCAGCCUUGUUGCAAUGAAUAGGACUUUGCGAGAGCCACAGGCUCAUUUAUUUCACCGGAGCUGGCGCAGCAGAUGUGCCUGGUUCCGUCAAUCUUUAUUCCCCCUGUUGUGUCAGCUUUUAUUUUCCCUUGUGAAACUAAAUUGUUUUUGCUUUGGCUGAGCAGUUACUUGUUGGAUGCCAGCAGCUUGUCGUAUUUCGGCACUAAACUGGUCUUUAUGUGUGACUCUAUUAGUUUAUAUACCAUAAGAUCAGGAACGGGGAAUCUGCGGCGCUCCAAAUGCUGCUGGACUACGAAUCCCAUCAUUGACCCCAGCUGCCGACCAAGCUGGCUGGGAAUGAUGGGCAAUGUAGUCCAAUAAACUCUGUAGGGCCACAGCUUCCCCAUCUCUGCACUAAACAGUUCUUGAGUCACCAUCAUGUUCAUCCAGUCAGAUUCGGUGCGUUAAAUGCAGCUUUACAUGUGCCAUUUGCCACAUUUUCAUUAGCUGAAACACAAUACUUUGUUCUCAGAGCUGAUCUGAGAAAUUAAUGCUCUAAUGACAAGUCUGUGGAAUUUUAAUAAUGAUAAUAAUAAAUUUAUUAUUAUUAUUAUUAUUAUUAUUAUUAUUAUUAUGCAUUUUGUAGUUGGUGUGAUGAAAGGAAAAAUGUGCUUAGCAUGGAAAGUUGGACUGGUUUGUCAUCAGCAAAUGCACAUUUGUACAUUAAACCAAGCAACCCUGCUCAUCUCCUGGCUGCUUCCACGGAGCAGAGCUUUCUGUGUGGGCCACCCACACUCUGCCAGUUGCUGUGUGAGCACAGCAAGGUAAAGGUCUUUGCGCACUUGUUUGUUUUAAGCAAGUCCCCAGCCCCUGAGCAGAGUUGGCAGAUUGGUCCCAGAGCACACGCAGAACGUGAAGUGCGACCGGUCAGGAGGAAGAUCAUUAGUUUAAAUGUCAGUGAACAGAAACCGCCAAGCCUCAUGCUUCUCCCACAGGCGGGCCUGAUGCAUUGCAUGAAGUCUUGCCGCGUUGGGAGGGCGAUGCCCUUGUGCCACCGCUGGCUCUGCCGCUCCCAUCCCUCGGCUUUCGUAAGCAGAGCAGUGGGCCGCCGUGGCUCACCUCCAGCGGCGAGGAAGUCCAUCUGGAACCAGCCUGGCAGCAGCAUCACAAACUACGUAGGAGAUAGGAAGUGAAGCAGGCCGUGCGGGGAAAUGGCAAGGCUCCCGUCUCCUUCAACAGCAGCUGCUUUUCCUAGAGGGCCACUUUGAGAAGCGAGCCGAGCGUGGCAGGCCGACGCCGCAGCCAUGACCCUUUCAGGCGGGCUGCCACUGUCUUCUGCUGCCCUGUGUGCCACGUCCUCCUUGCAUCUUCUGCCUCUAGCUUGGCUUCAGGAAGGAGAGGGGUAGCAGCUGGUACCUUGUAGAGGACCAGAUUUUGCCAGUGGGCCUGCAGUUGUUCACCUCUGCUCCAUACAUGCUUAACAUGUAUUUGCCGAGCAGAACUGCGAUGGCGGUAUUUUGGGGUUCCGGUGCAGAAUUUCAGGCCUGCAGGCCUGACGUUUGAAUCCUGAUGAGCAGCAGCAUCGACAGACAGCCUUUCCACUAGAGGCCGUGUGUAUGCACAGGCUUGUGUCAACGCACGAGCUUUUAAAUAAGUAAAAAUUCUGCAACUAGGAAGACGGAACCCUGCAAUCGGUAUAAAUUAUGCAGAUCAAGCCUAUUUGCAUAAUACAUGCAGCUUCUCUGAGGACCGGCAAGGCACUCCAGGAGCACCUGCCUCUCAGCCACAGGGUGUUCUGCUUGGCUUCUCGUUUGUGUAGCUCCUAAGCAUCGCCUACACGUUUUUAAUCACCCCUGUCUUUGUAGCCAUAAGGUCUAGCAGCUUGCUUGGUUUCUUUAAAAUAACGAGUAGAACCUGCAACAAAUCACUGCAGGUGAUCUACCUCUCAGUGCAAGUGCUCCUGUUCAGAGUUGCAGACAGACGUGUUAUCCUUAGGAUACUCCGUUGCACACACAGACACACACUUUGGGUUUUUUUGUUUACCAGCUGACACUCAACAUUCCACAGCUGCUGAGCAUGCUCAGUCUCCAUUGGGUUGUCUUUGGGGUGGUUUUGCCUCCUAGGGGUGUAUUUUUUAAGUUUUAUACUUCUUCUUACUUUGAGGUUCACCUUCAUACACUGCUUCUCCCAUCUCGUCUCUCAGAAACCCCAUUUCGGCUCCAAACCACCUGAGUUCACUCUUAGAGGGAGCAAUGGAAGCUGAGGGCCUCAGGAUGAUGAAUUCUGCACCCAAAUCCCGCACUUGCGGGCGCAAGCGACCCUCGUUAGAACUAUAUGCGCAGAGGCACCUUCGCUCCCCCUUACUCUUCUUUCUCACUCUCUGCUGUUGUUGUUUUUUCAAACCCCUUCUGCUUGCAGUGCUGGACAAGAGCCUUGUGGCCAGUUGCAAAGACUCGAUUGGCUGGAUGUUUUCCAAGCUGGACACCAACGGCGACCUUUUCCUGGACCAGACGGAGCUGGCAGCCAUCAACCUGGACAAGUACGAGAUCUGCAUCCGGCCUUUCUUCAACUCCUGCGACACCUACAAGGACGGCCGCGUCUCCACCGCAGAGUGGUGCUUCUGCUUCUGGCGAGAAAGUGCGUUGCUGCAAGGUUUCUCCUAAGAGUCUUUUGUGUUGACUCCUUCCAGUCAGUCAUAUCCCGCCAUUCUUUAUAUAGUGCCAACUGUUGUAAGUGAUGCUGAAAGACACACACACACACGCUGACAAAUGGGCUUCUCCCUAUCUUUCACUGAUGGCACUAAGCUAAAGGCCUCUUCUUGGCUGAUGUGUUUUACCAUAGCAUAAUACUAAGUUCAGGGACUGUGGGUUAAACCACAGAGCCUAGGACUUGCCAAUCAGAAGGUCGGCGGUUCGAAUCCCUGCGACGGGGUGAGCUCCCGUUGCUCAGUCCCUGCUCCUGCCAACCUAGCAGUUCGAAAGCAUGUCAAAGUGCACAUAGAUAAAUAGGUACCGCUCCUGCGGGAAGGUAAACUGCGUUUCUGUGCCCUGCUUUGGUUCGCCAGAAGCGGCUUAGUCAUGCUGGCCACAUGACCCAGAAGCUGUACACCGGCUCCCUCGGCCAAUAAAGUGAGAUGAGCGCCGCAACCCCAGAGUCGGUCACGACUGGACCUAAUGGUCAGGGGUCCCUUUACCCUUUACCUUUAGUACUAAGUUCAAGCUGUUUAAAGAGGCACUUGUUAACAGCCCCACUUAGAUUAAAGAUCAUUGUCCUUUAUUUGCACGCCACCUUUCCGUCGUAAAUUUUGCUCGUGCUGGCAAAACUGGCUAAGUGGCAACAGAAUUUAACAAUAAGUUAACUAAAACAUCUCGGCAUCUCAGUAAUAAAUAUACCAUAAAAUUGAACAUUAGUAAGGUCUACUAAUAAAACGCAGAAACAUCCCUGUAAAUAAGGUACCUUCAAGAUUAAUUCUGGACCCCAAGGGAAGCCCCAAACAUCACCCCACCUUGAUAGUCUCUAGCAGCAUGCUUUUUCCCAGACUUGCAGCGAAGCUGGUCUCUCUUAUAUUUUCUCCCCGGGAGCUGCCAAUAGUUUUUAGGAGGGAGAAUAUUUGCUUAGCGUUUAUGUAGUGCUUUUUCUUAUGAACUCAGAGCCCUUUGCAUACACACACACACACACUUCAGUAAUCCUUGCAACAGCCCUGCAAGUUAGACCACUGCUGUUAGUAAAUGAAACACUGAUAUUUAUGUAAGUGGUUUUUCUUAAGGGCUUAGAGCACUUUGCAUAUUUUAUGUUAAUUAUUCUUCCAGCAGUCCUGCAAGGUAGGCCCUCGUAUCAGAGAUUACUGGGUCAUUUAUUGACACGGCUCCGCUGAGAUUGUUUUGAGCUGGUUUUUGGCAAUCCUGGAAUGGACGUGUGUUUUGCUUUGGGUGUUUCAGAGCCUCCUUGUCUUGUGGAGCUGGAGAGGAUACAGAUCCAGGAAGCAGCCAAAAAGAAACCUGGUGAGUUGUGGAACUGGGGAGCUAUUGGGGGAUGGGUGAGGGAAGGGGAAAGGGAUCUUGUGGAUGUCUCGUGCUGAUAGUCAAUGCUUGGAAGGCACUUCAGCAGGCAGUGCUGGUUUCUUUCAUCCAAGCCCCAUCUCUGCUUGCCCCACAGCUGAGGGCCAGAGGAUCCACACCUGUUUUAGAUGAUGGUGUCAUGGAAAUGAAGAUUUAGGCAGAUCUAACGGCUCUUCCCUAAGGUCCAGCUCAGGCAUCCCAAAACUCGGCCUGCUGGCUGUUUUGGGACUACAAUUCCCAUCAUCCCUGACCACUGGUCUUGUUAGCUAGGGAUGAUGGGAGUUGUAGUCCCAAAACAGCUGGAGGGCCGAGUUUGGGGAUGCCUGGUCCAGCUCAUACAUGUGGGUGGACAUGCUCAAAGCAGCCUUAUGGCUGGAGCCAUUUGUGCGAGCAAAUCCCCAAUCUGGGCAGAUUUCAGCAAUAAUCGUGCAACAGCUCAUUGUCGCAGGCCAGGCCAGGGGUGUUUGUAGCAGUGCAUUGCUCUGGCCGUGUGCAUAUAUGGCAAUCCACUUAUUACACAUUAUGAUUUUUGUCAGUGGUUUUUGCACACCAUAAUUCUUGUCAGGGAAAUAAUCGAUGUGUGGAGAUUUUCCCUUGUCGUUUUCCACUGCAUAUGUUUAUGCGUGAAAGCACCUCUGAGGUCAGAUCAUUUUUUGUUUAACUGAAGAAGCUAAUUUUUUAAGGUGGUUCUAAGCACAAUUAAAUAUAAAGUCCGUACUCUGGCCAGUUAUUCCUUACAGUCUAAGCUCCUUUCUUAUUCAAAGUGUAUGAUCUUCCUUUAAAUUCCCAGUUGUACAAGAUGCUGUGGGCUGCUAGGGUUGCCAUAUGUCCUCUUUUUCCAGGACAAGUCCUCCUUUUCGCCAUGGCGAUCCAUAGUUAAAAGCAGAAGUCGGCAAAUGUGUCCCUCUUUUUUGUUCUUCAAAACACAGCAAUCCUAAAAAUCAUUUCCCAGCAAUGAAGUCCUGCUGCUGCAACCAUUGUAUCCCAACUCUACUGACGCCCUGUUGCUGAUUUUGCUUUCCCAGGGAUCUUCAUCCCCAGCUGCGAUGAGGAUGGGUACUAUCGGAAGAUGCAGUGUGACCCAAGCAGUGGGGAGUGUUGGUGCGUGGACCACCUUGGCAUGGAACUAACAGGAACGCGGAUGCAUGGGAAUCCAGAUUGUGGUAAGGAGAAUGGAGAGGGAAGGUGGGAAGAACUGUUGGCGGGUUGGAGCACAAAACGUACACGUUGCAAACGACGAGGCGGGCCUCCAAUGUGGCCCGUCAUGGAUUGGUUGGAUUCAGAGGGACGGUGGAAAGAACCAGCUGUGGAACCCACAAGAAGGCUCAGAGCCCAGGGAAUGGUGGUGGGACCACGAUGAGCGGUCAGAGGGAGAAGACUGGGCAGAGGAGAUGUCGGAAGCUGAAGAGGUAACAGGACUGAGUGAGCUGGGAGAGUCUGUGGCAGAGAGGAGUCCAGAAGCUGAAGCAGGAGAGGAGGGAGGCCAAGAGGCAGAGAGGAGACUGGCUAGUGAAGAGGCACAAGUGUCUCCCCCUCUUGCCGCGACCAGCUCCCCUCCCCCUGGUCUCCCAGAACAUGCAGAGAAAUGAAGAGAGCAGAGGGAUGGGAGACAAGACAACAGAGCCUUCGGCUGCCGGGGAAGGAAUUGAGGGAGGAGCCUUAUAGAGCGGUGGGAAGGUGGGGACCUCGCAACUGCUUCACUGGGGAAGACCUACUAGGAAGAGUUGCUGUGAUCUCUAGGCCUGCACUGUUUUGGUUUCUUCGAAUAAAGAGUUAACUUCACAGACACUGGAGUUAGGCAGCAGUGAGGAGGUAGGAACCUUCAGUCUCAGCAAGUGCUUCUGAGCGGGGGGAGGGGGCAAGACUUACUGGAGACGAGUUGCUGUGCUCCCGAGGCCUGACACUCCUGGGGUUUUUUUUGCCAACAAAGAGUUAACUCCAUCUCGCUCGGUGUGAUUUCCUGCUGGCUCGCUCCUAUUGGCCCCACUUGUAGAGUUGAGUGGAAAGGUUUCCUCGCCAUGGAAGAAGUGAAUGAAUGCCUUCUGAGGGCGAGGGUUCACUAUCCACGGUUACCAAAGUGCCGCACCGCCGUUUCCUUACUAAUGCUGCUGCUUCUGCUGCUGCUGUUGUUGUUCUUGUCGUUGCAGAUGAUAUCGUUGGAUUCUCUGGGGACUUUGGGAGUGGCGUCGGGUGGGAAGACGAGGAAGAGAAAGAGACUGAGGAAGCAGGCGAGGAGGCCGAGGAGGAGGAAGGCGAGGCGGGAGAGGCCGACGACGGAGGCUACAUCUGGUAGAAGCCGCCGAGGGCACAGUUUGGUCAGGAUGCUGGCUGCAGGGCUGGGAGACGGCCGUCAAAACCCGAAGGAGAGGAACAGCUUAACAAGAUGAUCAGGAAACACAGUUGAAUGUAACUAACUAUGGCAGAACAUGUUGUGUGUGCGUGUGUGAGUGUGUGUAUGUAUGCACCUGCCUGGGUGAGUCCAUUCUCCUUACAUGGCCGUGGGGAUUAUCUUGUUUCCCACCCCCCAGCUUAGCAGAGAUCAAAGCUGUAUCAAAGCAAAAUGGGAAAGGGGGCAAAGUAUUCUGCACUGUAGGUUUGGGUGGUCUUUUUAUAUAUAUAAAUAUAUUUAAAAAAUGUAAUUUAAUUUAAUGUUUGAAUUGUCUUAUCACACAUUUCCGCUCGUAGCCAGACCCCCAAAUAUGUUUACCUGCCCCAUCAUCUCUUGUGUUAUGGUUCCUAGCAAUAGCUUCCAACAAUUUACACAUUGUUAGUUAUGUACACCCUGGUGCACCAGAUUGCUUUCAAGCACAUGCUCUGCAAGCGGCCAGGAGCUCUGCCAAGCAUUCCUGGGUCUUCGUUGCAAUGGAAGAGGUGUGAUCACCUGGACUUCGGCUGACAGGUCAGGGAUGAAGAGCAGCCCCUUUCUCUUCCUUUGACCAUAUGUUAGAUCCAUAUCAGGCUGGGACAGGUAGCACAGCGCUGGUUCCAAACUUGGCUAGCAUAUAACGGACUUCUCAGACACCGAGAGGGUCCUGCAAAAUCCUACCUCCCUGGAAAAUUCCCCACAGGAGGCUUGGCAUCCUCGUCUUGAUUUAAGAACCGACAGGUGAUCACAGGAUUGCGCCCGCUGAUUUAGAGGAUCCCAAGAAAGGGCACUGCAAACUUGUCUCAACUUUAUCUCUGGUCACUGUAGAAUAACGGGCUUCCAUUUGGCCUCUCGGUGCCCUGGCAGAGUGAUAGAGGCAUUUGGGCACACAAUUGGCUGAGAAACACUGAUUAUUAUUUUUUUUAAAAAAAGGAUAAAUAACGUUAUUGGUUGUGGAAUGCAAAUUUGUGGGGCAGGCUAGGGUAACCGACAGCAAAAAGGCAUCCCUAGCUAGGAACAAAGUUCCCAUGAUGAAAAAGGGGGGUCCAUAUCCAUCAACAGCAAAAAAGCCACCCCAGGAGGUUUGCUUCCGAAUGAUUUGGGUUGCAGUGUGGCGUUGCUAUUGGCUGCUUUGUUUCUAGGUAAAGAUGCUCUUUUCUACAUUCUUUUCCAGGUCAGGAGAACUGUAGGCUUUUCGCCUGGAUAGGGUGCACCACAGCAAACUUUAAAUUCUCCUUUGAAAGAGACGGUCGUCCCACUGCUGCUGCAUUUGGACGCACCCACUGCUUUGUGGGCGUGGGUUCCUGCAGGUGUGAGAUUCUGUGUGUGAGUGUGUUGCGAGUGCAUGGGUGUUGCAGCCACGGGUGCCCUCACGCAGUGUGAGCAGAUGGUGGGUGUUUGUGUGUGUGCGUGCGUGGAGAAUGGGGGAGGGCCAGCUUGGCUUAUUACAUUGAGCAUUCCAGAGCUUACGCAAAAACUGCGCUUCCGGUAGAGCCAUCUAGGCUUUCUGUGCGGCUCCAUAUCCUUCAAAUACACACACGAAAAGAUUAUGAAUAACUGUGGGAUUUUUAUUUUUUUUAACGUGAGCUAAACCUCCCAGUGAGCCCGGCCACAUGCUUGCGGUGGCACCAUAACAGAGAACACUUGUGUAGCCCAGCUGUGAUAAUAAACAAGCCUUGCUGUGUCGACCUCUCUUAACCUUCCUUCUUGCCUAGGCUCUUCCCUCUCUAUUUGUCUCCGUCUAUAUACACACCCGCACGCUUCACACCCCUCCUUUAUUCCACUAUUUCCUCUACUUUUCUGCAGAGAGAAUAAUAGCUUAUGACUGACCGAGACUUGGAACUUGUCACUGCCGGGAGGGAGUGGCCUUCUCAGUCCAUGUGCUUUGGGAAAUUCCUCCUCUUCCUCCUUAGACUUUGCAUUUUUGUACCCUCCCCCCUUUCCUUUCUACUGCUAAGAGAUCCAUUUGCAUCUUGUUAAUACACAGAGUCACAGAAUUGUAGAGUUGGAAGGGACCCUGAGGAUCAUGUGGUCCAACCCCCUGCAAUGCAGGAAUAUGCAUCUGUCCCAUAUAGGGAUUGAACCUGCAACCUCAGCACCAACUAUCCAGUGACUUACUUGAGCUUUGGUUUCUGGAAAGCCCCUCUUUGAGGGCUCCUCCACUGUUGUUGCCCCCCCCCCUUCUGCCUGUGUGUCUGGGACUGAAUUUACCAGUGGUGCAUGUUUAAAUAACCUGUAAAUACAUUUUUCGAAUCCAGGAAGCAAAUUUUUGCUAACUUCACUAGGCAGGGCAGCACCCCAAAAUUAAUGCAAAGGGGAAGAAUUGCCCAUCUAUUUGGACACAGGAGUGACCAGGAUGGGGUGUUUUAAUGGAUGGCACAGGGGUGGCAGCAGGACCAAGUCUGUGCAGACAUGCCAGGGGGAGCAGUGUUGGCUCUUCCUGUAUUCCUUGCACAGCCCCCGCCUCUCCCCGCCAACCUGGUUUGCCCCAUCCAGGGAAGCAGCAAUGAUGGUGCCCUUCCACACCAGACACUCUUGAAUACUGUAGAACUUGGGGGGGGACAACAAUUUUGUGUGUGUGUGUGUGUGUGUGUGUGCUUGCUGUGUUGAUAACAAGGCUUAUGGUUGAUGAUUGCUUGUCCUCCUUGACACCUUUGACGACAGCCUUGGAGACGGAUGAUAGGGUUUUGUUUUGUUUCCAGAGGGUUGAAGGUAGAAUGGCAGACAAAUGGUGGCCCGUGAUUGAUCCUCAUUCCCGGCAUUGUGUCUGAUCGCAGGUUUUUGUAGGUUUUGGCUGUCAAGAACUGCUCAAAAACCAACUUCUCAAAAAUGUAUUGCAUCGACUGAAGACAAAGGAAUGAGUGUCAGUGGCAUGGAAAACGCUAAGUCAACCAUGCCACUUUCAACUCUCUUUUUAAGAACUAUUUUCUCUCUCCAGGUUGUCUAGCUUUGCCCAGUUUUGAAAGAAAAACUUCCCCAUGGGACAAAAGACAUACGUAUUCGCCAAUGGAAGAGAAACCUCUCCAUUUUCUUAUGGGGAGUUAAAAAGUAAUUGGAGAGCAUUUUUUCUUCUUAUGGUGAACACAUAAUGUCUUUUGCGUAUUCUCUGCUUCCAGCCUUAAUUUUACACCCCAUUUGUUUUAAUGCAUUUUUAGCUGAUUCGUAUUACCUCGUGACACAUUCUCUGACUUCUAGGGUAGCAGAAGCAGAAGAUACGUCAUCCCAAAUGACGUCCAUAGGAGAAACUCUUGCCGCCCCUGUAGGGUUCACCUUGUCAAGUGGACUUGGGUGCAGAAUUAAAGACUUCCUGUUUCUCCUUGGGUUGCCAACUCCUUUCCUAACAGAGAACAGAGAAAUACUGCAGGAGCAAACUUCCCAAUCACUGUGACUCCAUGACUGGAAGUGUGGGGAUUAUUUUAUCUGUAGCGCUUCUCCUGUCAUGCAGCUGUUCAAAGACAUGAGAGCAAGACUUUGUGUCGAGUUAGUGAAUCGAAUCUCAGCUCCCCAAACCUUUUUGCUAGGGUUAAACUUUGAGUAUGUGGAUUAGUCCAAAUAACCUCUGAGCAUGUGCAAUGCCCCUUCCUACUGGGUAAUCUGAAAUAGGCCUCUUUCACAUAUCUGGGAUUACAUGGUAGGUCUUUCCAGAUAAGAGGCUUACUUUUGGAGCAGGCUUGAAUCUCAGGACAGGGUCCUGCUGGGGAAAGGAGUUGGCAACCCUUGACUUUGCUUAGAUUUCACUGGGGUUGGUUAGAUCAUCCCAGUUUUUCAAAAUCCCACUCUUUUUUUCCAAACCUGCAAGCUAGUCUGAAUGUUGUAAAUAAGGAAACAACACUUGGCGCAUGCAUGCCCCCCCCCUCUCUCUCUCACACACACACAAGUUCUUCCUCUUCACAGCUUUGCUUUCCACACCACGUUCGCCCCAUCAAUGCUGUUUGUUUUCAAUAAGAGCAGGAACUGUCUUAGCCAGCCUGGGAAUUCAACACCAGAGACGACUUAAAAGAAAUAAAAAAGAAAGAGUCUCUUCCCCGAGGGAAGCAGCCAGGAUAUCAUCACCAUAUCAAGCAGCCAUGCCAGCGCUGGAGCUGUGUGUAUCAGGCAGUUCUGACAACUUCACCUGUUUUGCAAUCUCUGUGCUGGCAGAGAGUGAGAAAAGACAAGCAAGGAAGCCUCUUAUCAUACCGUUAGUAUCAACCAGAUUCGGAUUUCUGAAAACACCAGGCUGCAUUGCCGCCAUUUUAUUUAUUUUUUCAUGCAUGUGCCCUGUGCAAAUAAGAAAGAGCAAGCCUGCUUCGGAGCGUAAGUAUGUAAUGUUUUGGUUGCUUCAACAAAUUGGCCAAAGGGGUCUCCCUAAUAGCAGGUGCUCCUCUUCUUGGUUGCUUGUCUCCCUUCAUACAUUUUUAGGUUUGCCCCUAAGAUGAUCACAUUUUUAGGUGUAUGCUGACACUAGCGACUGUAGUAUGGCAUUCAUAGCAUGUUUUGAAUCUGUGUGUCAUCCGAGUACUCUUGUCAAGGAACUGUGAUUGGCAGUGACUACCUGGCGAGCGUGCCCUCAGUAGCAAACCCAGGUUUGCCUUUGUGUAAUGUAUGAAACAGCCCUACGGGCCUGAUCCUUGCUGUUUUGAGCUGGUGAAGUCCUCUUUCUAUUCUUUUGAGCUUUGAGGAUCAAGCUCCCCUGAUCCUCUCUGGGAGAGCUAAGCAAUCGCUUGCUCAGGUGGGCAAGAAAUUGCCUUCCAUUGGAACCCCUUACUGGCCGAUGAUCAGAGGACAAAUGAAUAUAUCUGGAAGAACUCUUGGUAUUCAUGUGUGCAAAUAUUAUUUUCCCUUGAUAUUCAUUGAUUCUGGAAGCUGGAGGGGAAGGAAAUGGACCAUUCUUCUCUUCCAGAGUACAGCUGACAAGAAUUAACAUCCAAGGGAAGGAAAUCUUUGCAAUGCAUUAAACUCCUAAGACUGCAGCUAACCAUUUCAUCCAAAGGUUCUUGUAUUCAGAAGUGACUUCAAUUCAUUUUAAAAUGUGGAGAGUAGGCUGCAGUUCUUGAACCACCUCCUCAAAAGUUGGCCAAUGGCCAUUGGGAUGUGUUCCUGUUCUGAUGCUUUCAUGCACAAAUGCCGUGUAGAGCAUGUGACUUGAAGAUGGCAGCCAAAGGUUGCAUUUCUCUUAAGCACGCUUCAGAAGUGAGUUCAGUUGGAAGUGAUGUCCAUAUCCAGCACUCAUUCACAACAGCCAGAGGUGUGCAUCCCAGUCUGCACCAACAAGUGAAACCUGCAAGUCCAUUAAGUUCCAGAUGAGCCCUGAGAUGUGGAUCAAAACACUCACCCACAUUGGCUGUAGUGUGUCUGCUUCUACAUAAGGGAUUCCCUUCAUGUUGUAGCAAGACAAUUGUGUUAGUUACUGGGGGAGUUAGGCUCACAGGUGUGCUGCUUUUGAAAUUUGCCCUGUACACAAACACACCCCUCUUCUUCCCCUUAGUGUCCAAAUCUCAAAUAGAUCAUUUCUACACAUUUAUCGCAAGUCUCCCCACACCAAACAAAUUAAAGUAGCUCUGUCUAGUCCAAUCUAUUAAACCUUUCUCUCUUCUCUGUAUUGAAUCUCAGCUCAGUUGAUGGAAAGAAUGUGUAUUUUUAAAGUGUUAAAAUGAGUUGAUUUUUUUUUGAAAGGGGAAAAAAAAAACCAACAGCAUUUUACGUUUAACAAACCGGAAUCGAGAAACAAACUCGCCUAUAGCCUGAGAACAUAUUUAAGUCUUAUGUGCAAUAAUAACUUCUGAACUUUAUAGCGUUAAACAUCGUGUUCAAGUGCUUUGAUUUCAGUUUGUAUAUUUCAGUGCUGCAAGUGUAUCUCGGUAAUUCUAGACGAUUAAAAAUGAAACAACAAAAAAAGUGUUAGAACGUAUGUGUGUGCAUAUGGCGGGCGCUGGAACACCAGCGGGGGCAAGCCUGCCCAAGUUCAUAGCCUUUGAAAUCCUAUUGCGGCCUUUGCUAGUCUCGUGCCCUCCGGAUAUCCACUUUGGACUACAGUUCCCAUCAGACCCUGCGUGGGCCUGAUGGGAGUCCAGGACAUUCAGAGGGUGCCAUGUUGGCAAAAGCUGUCCAGUUGGUUCCAAUGGGAGAGUUUAAACACUUCCUUCCUCGGAAAUCGUUCUGGGACUUUAAAGAGCUCAACUUGGGCGAGACCUUGCCCCCCAGGCUCCUUCUGUUCCUAGGGCGCCCUCUCCCCUCCCUCCCAGCUGUGACACUCCUGUAUCGCUUUCCCGGCGGCUCCCUGGGAAACUGUUUCACAUUGUCGGUUCUCUGCCUAAUAACUUAACUUACUUAACCUAAGGAAACAAGUACACACGUACACCAUUACAAGAAAUGAAAUACAACCUUAUUUUUUAAAAAAAGAAAAUAAAAAUUUAUAAACAUCA